UUUCAAUCGAGUAACCCUUCAAAUAAAAAAUUUUAAUUUCUUAAUUUCAUUCACGCAUUAAAUCUCUAAGUGAAGUAGAAAAAUGUUGCAUUCUAAGGCAACUGCAGCGCUGAUGCGUUUGAAAGAAAUUGAUAAAAAAUAUAAAAUGAGAAAAGAGGAAAUGUACAUAAUGAACUCGAGUACGGAAAGUGCAUUAACAAGUCCAUCGAUGGAACAUUCUAUAAGAGACAAAAAAAAAUUGAAUAAUCUUAAAAUUCCUUUAAAAUCUAAACUCGACGUGAGAAUGCCAAAAGCACAAAUAGAAGUGGAAGAGGUAGAAGAAGAAUAUAUUUCACGUUCUACAACAAAUGAUAAAGUUUCUUCGAUUAUUGUGAUUGACGUAGAAACAAAAUCGGUGAAAAACAUAGAUGAAGAAUUUUCUAAUAAUACGUCAUCUUCAUUGAUCGAAACCAAUGAGAAUAUCUCAACGAGAUCUAAUGAAAAUGUAGUCUCUAAUAUUGAUAAAAAUGAAAGUAUUGAAAUUGACGAAAAUAAAGAAGAAAUAUCGGAAAAGGAAAUUAAAAUGGAUAACGAAGAUAAAGAGAUUAUCGUCGAAGUUUUACAAGUUGAUAGGGAAUAUAGUACUUCGAAAAUUUUAUCAGAAAUAGAAGAAUUUGAGUCGUUGCCUGUUGAGCAAGCAUUAAGCUAUGUCAAUGAUACUUUCGAAGAAGCAUCGAGUACGAUAUUAUCAACGAUGAAAACAAACGAUGAUCCGUUAUCCACGAAUGAGUCGUUUAAUUCGGAAGAUGAGGAAGAGAAAACUAUAGAUGAGAACAUGAGAUUUGGCGUGAAGAAAGUUGAUAUUAUAUCUAAAAAGGAUUUUAUACGUGAACAACAGGAAGCAGAUAAUUCAGGUGAAAAACAGAUUGUCGAGUUGGUACCACCGAAAUUAAUAGAAAACACUAGUGAAUGUGAAAUAGGUCUUAACAAAGAAUUAUCGAAUUAUGUUAAAACAAUUGAAAGUAUCGAAGGAGACGUAAGCGACAUUACACCUGUUCAAUUAUUAAGAUCGUCAAAACAGACAGAGAUGUCUUCGCGAAGUCAUAAAAAAAAAUAUAAACGUCGUCCAUCAACAACGAAGGAUAAUAACAAAGAUUCUUCUAAGAGUGAUAAGAUAGAAUCUUUAGUAACAUCGAAGAAUAAUCGUCGAUCGCCAAACUUGACGUUAAUGAAUGAUAUUAAAAAAAUAAACAAUUCUCUAGAUGACAAAACGAUUCUUUUUGAAAAUAACGAGCAACCAAAUGCCGACGAUAAAGCAAAAAAAUUAUCCGAUAAAGAUAAAGAUUCUAAUAUUAUAAUGAUAUCUUCUAAUAAUGAUCGUUUUCAUCGGACGAAUUAUAAUCUACGAUCUGCGACUAAACGGAAAAAGAAAAGGACAAAAUCACAUAGAUCCUCAAGAAUCGAUAAGACAACAGAUUUUAACGAAAAGAAAUACUCUAGAUUCGAUAUCAAACAAAUGUAUCGUCUUCAAAAACAAAUAUCAAAACUUGUCGGUGAACUUCGGUUUUACGAUAAUUCUUCUUCUAAGAAAUUAGAUCCAGUUUUAUUCAAACCUCUCGAUUUUCCAAACAUUAUCAACUAUAUACGUCCUGAUAGGAAUUUUGAAUUAACGAAAGAAGAUCCUUACAUCGGAUUUGAUGAAAAACUUGCUACGAUAAGACAAUGGCUCAAAGAUCAAUACAUUUUCUAUCAAGUUCGUAGUAAUUUAGUACAGAUAAUUAACGAGAAAUACGUUCCCAUGAGUCUCGAAGAUGCAAAGACGGCAACUUAUAGAAAAAAAGGAAAAGAAUAAACAAAGAGGAAAAGGCGCCCGGGCUUUCAAGAUCCAUCUCAUCAGUUUUUUUUCGAACGUAUCUAAUCUGAUAAAUAAGAAUGGCAAGGCAGCAGACAGCCGAUCGAAAUAUACCUCAUUUACGUGACAUUUUCGGUUUUGGUAACAAAUGGGAAAAUGCACGUAUGCAAGCCGAAGAAAAAGCUGCUGG